AGCUAUAAAUCUCACUGAUAAACCCUAACUCUUCCAUUCUGUCUGCAAAUUUAUCAAAGCUUAACGCGCCAACAGAUUUUCAUUUCCUUUUCUUUCUCUUCCCUCGAUUAUCUGUAUAUCUGACGAAAUGACAGAAGAGAAAGAAAAGAAAAUCAUGAAUAACAUUAUCAACAACAACACUGAGAAAAAGAAGAAGAAGCAAAAUAGAAAACAGAAGAAUCAACAAGAACUUGAAGUAAAUGGAAAUGAUCAGAAACAGAAGAAUCAACAAGCCGUUGAAGCAAACGGAAACGAUCAGAAACAGAAGAAUCAACAAGCAGUUAAAGUAAACGGAGACGAAAGCAAACGGAACGGCGAAGAGAAAACAAAAGAAGAAGAAAUGAAGAACGAAAGCAGAAGCGGCGUUAACAACAAGAAGAGAAAAGGGAAAGAAGUAUGUCCGUUCGGAAAUUACAGAAGCUAUUACGGUUACCGCAUAGGGAAAGAUAUGGAAGAAGAUCCACGGCUUAAGGUUUUAAAGAAGGAAUGGUUUGAAGGAAAAGAUUGCCUUGACAUUGGCUGCAAUAGCGGCAUUGUUACUAUUCAGAUUGCUAAAAAGUUUAACUGCCGGAAAAUACUUGGAAUCGACAUUGACUCUGAUCGGGUUUCAGAUGCAUUUUGGCACUUGAGAAAAUUUGCGAGAGCAGGUGCUGCUGCGAAGGGUAAUAACAAGGCUGCUAAAAUGGAGGUCGCAAAUGAUGCAAUUGGUUCAGAAAAUUCUGUAGCUCCAUUGUCAAUAGAUAGAAAUGAGACUGGAACGGAUAAUUUACAUUCUGAGGAAAUAGACCUAUUUGAUAUAGUUUCUUUUAAAAAAGAGAACUUCGUACUGAGUUGGUCGCAGCCGGAUAAGCAGUAUGAUACAAUUCUUUGUCUGAGUGUGACGAAAUGGAUUCAUUUAAAUUGGGGCGAUGAAGGACUAAUUACUCUGUUUUCAAAAAUCUGGAGACUUCUUCGUCCGGGUGGCAUUUUCUUGUUGGAACCUCAACCUUGGCGAUCAUAUGAAAAUAAUCAUCUCGUUUCUGAGACAGCAGCUAUGAAUUAUCGAACCAUCAAAUACCGUCCAAAGUGUUUUAAUGAAAUUCUUCUAGAUAAGAUUGGAUUCAGGAAAGUCGAAAACCUCUCUUCAGCUGUAUCUGGCAGCAAAACUGGAUUUGAUAGACCCAUUUUUGCAUAUCACAAAUGAAUGAGCUAGCAAAAGGUUGUGGUAUACAGCAUUUAGCCUCGUCACCAUUAAAUACGGCGCAUAGAUUUUGGGAGUUAUAACUUUUACAGGCAGGCAAAUGAAAUUAAAUUAGCGCCAAGGGAGCUUCAGACCCUCUUAAAUGGAUUAUCAGUUACGGUGAUCUCUCAAUCACGCCUCUGUUUUUUGUGAGCUAAUACUAAAAUCUCUAAAGUAAUAUAAAUUACAGCGAACAUCUUCAUGUUCAUAAUGUACAUAUAUUUGUUUU